AUGUCUAUGAGCACUUGUGUCUUUGAUCCAAAGAGCAACGGCGCGUGGGGACGCUUUAGUAUUGAAAGUGACCCAGAUGGUUAUCUCCUUUUCGUGACAGUCCUCCAGUGCGAUAAAAAGGUGUCGUGA